CAUUGCCAGUUUAAAAGAAAUUCUCAAGUGAUACAGACGUUAACACAAAGUAAUAGAGCAUAAGCGAAAAUGAAUCGCUUUCAAUGGGUUUUAAGUAUUCUUUUGAUUACUGGCCUUUUCAUGGGCAUGCGAGCCGAUAGUGAUAGUGAUAGUGAUAGCGACAGUGGCAGCAACAGUUCGGAAAGUAAUGAAAGCAAGAAACAUGGUAAACAUCAUAAGGGAAAACACGAUCAUUCGCCACCACCACCGCCACCACACCCAGCCUAUGGUCCCCCACAUCCUUAUCCAUACAAUCAACCGGUGUAUGUGCCGCAACCAGCACCAUCCCCUUAUCCAUAUCAGCCAUACUACUAUGGCUACCAACCUCCACCAACUCCCUAUGGUAAUCCCUAUCCCUAUGGUGGCUACUUUAAUCAGCCACCACCAGCACUGCCAGCUCAAGGUUAUUAUCCACCACCACCACCACCACAGCCAGCUCAAGGUUAUUAUCCACCACCACCACAUGCUCCAGUGGCCCCUACUCCUGCUCCUUAUCCUGGUCAAGGAGCUGUUCCAACUCAAGCACCACCUGCUUUUCCUGGCAUUCCUGGUGGAAGCAGCACCAUCAAUCAUUCUCUGAAGGUUAAUAAGGAAUAUCAAGAAGAUGGCCACCAUUAUCGUCCUGAUGGCACUCCAACAUAGGCUUUUUUCCUAACAACUUGAAAUUCGUGCAAUGGAUCAGUGCAAUAUUUUUAUACUUUCCUCUUUAUUAAAUUUAAACCAAUUUUUGAUGUCAAAUAAAAAAUUGUGUGACCAAUA